GUGGACCUAAUCUCGCUCGCGAACGAGAUCUGGGCGUGUCGCGCGGCCGGUUAGGCUCGAUUUUCGCGGGACGUCGAUCCUUCAAGGCCAUGUGAACAUCCUCGAGGAGUCGCCGCGCGGGACCGUUAGUGCAUUGAGAUUGAACCCGGUUUUGUUCGAACCAUGAACUGUGAAAGGGGCGACGCAUCUUGUGCCCGGGGACGUCGGGGAUCGAUCCUGACGCGUGCCGGCCUCGUUCUGUUGACGGUCCUCUAUUUCUCGCGCAACAACCUUGCCCUCGCGCUACGCAACUCGUCGAGCACGUUCGUCGAGCGCUGUCGCGCCGACUGCAGCCUGCAGAAGGAUUUCGCGAGCUGCGGGAAAUACAGAGUUGUCAGGUGGCUCCACGAUGUCAGAGAGAAGGAGUUCAGCUACGGUUCGUUCCGCGUAAUAAGGAUACCGUCUAUGCCGAGCCAAACGAUCCUUCCCAAGCUGCCCCAGUCUCGAGUGUUCAAGAGCGGCGCGGUCGAGGCCUUGAACUUCGUCAGGGACACCGUGGAGGACCUGCUAACGAAACGUGCUAUCGUGUAUACGAUCGACAACUCCGUGGCCGGACGGAGUUUCGGUAGAAUGCCCAUGAUCAUGGACGAGGACGAGAUCACGCAGCUGCAGAGCAGGGCAGAGACGCAUGACGACUCGAGGCUGCUCAAGAAGAAAAAGUCGGUGAUCCUGCCUCUGCUGAUCCUCCUGAACCUGCUGAAGCUGAAGCUGCUGCUGCUGCCGAUCUUCCUCGGCGUGCACUUCAUCAAGAAGCUGUUGGUGCUGGGUUCCCUGGUGCUGCCGUCGGUGUUAUCGCACCUGAAGAUAUGCAAGGUGCCUCCUCACCCUCAGACGUACCCGUACCACAACUGGGCCACAGCGGCGGAGGCGCCGGUCGACUAUCCGACAGGAUACGGACAGGAGGAAGCGUGGGCGCACAGGAACGACUACCAGGGUUACCCCGCCGCCGUUUACAACCCCUAUCAUCGCAACCCCUACGGAUGAGGCUGAAACUUAAUUCUAUGGUCCGACGAGCCGUCUCGUUCGUCGUCGCGAUUUUAUUCGCGCGAGCGAACGGUUAAUCACGCUCAUUACCCCUUUCCUUUUUUGCGCUGACUUUCGAACGCAUUGCGCGCGUGCCGAUAGUCUCCUUCCGGCGGCUCACUAAUCCCCUUUCGUCGCUCCUAAGUGUCCUAAGCGGCUGACAAUUGCUCGCGCUUAGAAACCUCGUUUAACGCCGAUUAGCGUUUCCGUUUCGCUGGGAAACGUCCUCGCGGCGUUACUUUCGCGUCCCGCGGUACCGUUAGCCGCGGUGGGAUCAAGACCGACAAGGAAUGCUCUCGCUGGGAUGGGGUGGUUACGAUCGAUUCCAGAAGGUUGAAGGUUGGGUCGGGUAGGGGCGAAUUCGUUCGUUUAUUUAUUUCGUUUACUUAGUGUAGCUUGGAGCUGUAAGAGUCGUGGUUUCGAUCCCUUUACGAAGCGAAGCGAUUGAGUUCUGAACUCUUGAACUGAUUAAGAGAAGUAUUCAUUUGAGGGAAAACUGAAAUUUGUAAUUUCUCAAUUUGGAUUAGAAUUGACAUUUGUGCAGCUGAAUGUCUCUUUAGUGUUCUGAGAUUCCUAUGUAUGUUUCAAGGGUUUCUAAGUUUUUUCAAGAACUGACUGAUUAAGAGAAGUAUUUAUUUGAAGGAAAACUGAAAUUUGUGAUUUCUCAAUUUGAAUUAGAAUUGACAUUUGUGCAGCUGAAAGUCUCUUUAGUGUUCCAAGAUUCCUAUGUAUGGUGUUUCAAGGGUCCUUUUUUCAAGAACAUCAUUAAGGGGUUGAACCAACUUCGAAGUGUAUCCUAAUUUAGAGUAGAAUCUUAAUUUAUUCCAUCGUCGAGUGGUAGGUAGGUAUAUUUAUUUCAGCGAUAUGGAAUUCUGGGUUAGGUGUUUCUAUGGAACACGCCAUCUUUGAUCCCAUCGCCAACCGUUAUGCGACGGCGAGUCAGCGAUGCCAUGGGCCAGCGUCACGUGAGGCCCGCCGAUGGUGUUUCGAAGACUGCAUCGGUGCCCGUGGGAUUUUCGCGGAGCGAAUGAACUGGAUUCGCACGCGAGUCUUCGGUAGUUGUAAUGCCCACGGGCGUGUAAUAUUGAUCGCCGUGAAUCCGGUUGCCAUUCCCAGGGAAAUUUGCCGGGCAGGGGUGCCUUGCGUGAUGUCAAACACUUCCUGGAUCGUGAUGGCGUAAGUGCGUCGAGGUAUGCGGACUAUUUACGAACGCAGAUGUAUAUAAUGAUACUGGUAACGGAGUUCGUGAUAGUUGGGUGGAUUUUCAUGUAAUAAUGUAAGGAAUGCGACGCCAUCUUGGUUUUACUGGAACGACAGUGUGCGUGUGCGUGCGUUUAUUACGAUAAUGAAUAGAGGACAACUGGAACAGUCGAAGUUCUAGGAUUAGCUUCGAAGAAUGAUCCGGCACUCGAAGGAACUUUUCGAUGACCGAUAACCCUUUGCACUCGGGAGAUGACUCUC